AUGAACUCCAUCAAGUUUUCCCCUCGAGAGUUUCUGCAAAACCCAAAAGAGUAUGUUCACAACUUGCAAGCGUACCGAAACUCCCUUCUUGAGAUGAAACCUUAUGAUGAGGUCCUUUUGGAUUCCGACACAUACUUUAAUAAGAAGGUUGCCCAUGUUCUCAAAAUUAAACGCACAAAGGAACUGGUAGUGGUGAUCAAUCCUUAUGAGUCAGAGUCUAUUUCUGGAGACACCUUCAUGCCUUUGAGGAAGGCAUGCAUGGCAAAUAAAUCUGUCACUCACUUGACCAUCCAGAUUGGAAGUCGGGAGUUGUCAUCCUUUGGAAUGCACGUGGCCAAGAACCUGAAGCAUCUUACAGUCAACGAAUUUAUGCUUUACCACUCCGAUGAAAACUACAGCCUUGCCACGGCUAAGGAAGGGGUUCACUCCGAGCUUGGUCACCACCUGCAGCACCACCCAUCUCUGGAGCACAUCACACUGCACUUGCAAAGUGACGAGCUUCGCAGGGAAGAAUCAGUAGCACCAAUAGUGAAGUCUUUUCAGUCCCUGCCCAGGCUCAAAAGUUUGGAGAUCACUGAUGAGGCUCGCAUGGCUAUGGGCCAGGCUCACCUGACCUGCAGCGGCUCUGACCUGAAGGAAAUUCUCCAUACCAACACAGGACUCGAGAGUCUCAGGUUGUCCCUUGGAUGCUAUGUGCAUUGGGAGCAUGAGGAUCUCAAACAGGUCACUCAAGGAUUGCAGUGCAACUCUUCUCUGCACACUCUAGUUGUGGGUGAUCAACCCACUUCAGCGGCAGCCACCACUCGAAUGACCACUGCACAGAACAGAACUCGCGUUGCAACAAAGCUGUGGCCAGAUGAAUCUCAACGUACAGAAUGUACAGAGGAUAUGAUGUCAAGUCAAUUCUUGGGUCUUGAUUGUUCCAGCGACAACGAUGAAGAAGAAGGCAAAGGCCAUGACCUGCCUCUAUCCACGUUGUCAUGCCACAGUAGCACACUCAAACCAGACCCCAAGAAGGAGCUUGUCCAGGUCUUUGAGAGAGGGCAGAACUGUUCUCUUUGGGAGCUGUCCCUGUUUGGCAUGGCUCUUCCUCCCAAGUUGGAUGUCUUUCUUGAACUGAACCGCUCUGGUAUGAAGCACCUUUUGGACAAUACCAUUGGAACUGAAGAGUGGACUUCCCUUUUCUUGCAAAGGCAGCCACAACUAAGUUUGGAUGCCACUUUUGAGCUGUUGCGCAUGAAUCCAGCAGCUACCUUGCCUUCAGGGGAAGGGAAGAAGUCAAAGAAGAGAGGAGUAAAGGCGUGGCGGAAGAGGAUGUCAAAGGCCAUGCGGAGGCGAAAAUCAUCGGGACAGAAAGCCUUUGGCGCACUGGAUGCAUCUGCAUGAUCGAGGGACAUCGGAUUUGAUCUAGCAAGUCUGUUGCCGUACCCGCCGGCACUACGCCCAACAACUCUGGGUUUCUAACGAUAGGGACAGAAGGAGAGCAUAUCAAUAAGAAUAGAUAGUGCUACAAUUAUAUUAAUACCCGGUAUACAGCUCCGC